GCGGGGGUGGGGUGAGCAGGGAGACGUUUCCGGUUAAAGGGCAGAGCUCGCGUCACCCUUGAGGGAGUCGGACUCAGGACCGGCCGAGAGUGCUUACCUGCACCAGCGAAACGCCUGCGGCAGCCGGAAGCGAAAGUCUCUGGCUUCUCCGCGUCCAGGUCGGCGCGCGAGCACCCGGAAGCCGCUUGCUGGCUCCCGGAAGCGGCGCCCUCUAGCGUUCUCGAGUCGCAUGAGGCGGCUGCUGCCCUCGCGGUGCGGGAGGGCGAGCUGCGUGUGGCCUGGGCUCCUUCCGAAUGGUGGCGCCUCUGAGCGCCAGUUCGAGGAGGAGUCGGAGGAGGAGCCUGAAUGUUUGGAGGUAGACUUCAAGUCCCGGACCUUAUCCGUGCGCCGCUUCGGUUUGCAGAUUGAGAAACCAAGAUGUCAGAAGAUGAAGGAUUGGUCCAAAAUAAGAAAGCUAGGACUGUACCAGGUCGCCAUGGAUAUCAUCAUAAUGAUCCGAGUGUGUAAAAUGUUCCGCCAAGGCCUCAGAGGAUUCCGGGAAUAUCAAAUCAUUGAGACUGCUCACUGGAAGCACCCUAUCUUCUCCUUCUGGGAUAAAAAGAUGCAAAGCCGAGUCACAUUUGAUACCAUGGACUUCAUUGCAGAGGAGGGUCACUUUCCUCCAAAGGCCAUUCAGAUCAUGCAGAAGAAGCCUUCCUGGAGAACAGAGGAUGAGAUCCAGGCCGUCUGUAACAUCUUGCAGGUUCUGGAUAGCUAUCGGAACUACGCAGAGCCCCUGCAGCUGCUCCUGGCCAAAGUCAUGCGCUUUGAACGGUUUGGUCGCAGGCGUGUGAUCAUCAAGAAGGGGCAGAAGGGCAACAGCUUUUAUUUCAUCUACCUGGGCACAGUUGCAAUAACCAAGGAUGAGGAUGGCAGCAGUGCCUUCCUAGAUCCCCACCCGAAAUUGCUGCACAAGGGUAGCUGUUUUGGGGAAACGGACGUUCUGCAUGCUUCAAUGAGGAGGUCCACCAUCGUCUGUAUGGAAGAAACGGAGUUCCUGGUUGUUGACCGGGAGGACUUCUUUGCUAAUAAGCUGGACCAGGAAGUUCAGAAGGAUGCUCAGUAUCAGUUUGAAUUUUUUAGGAAGAUGGAGCUGUUUGCAUCAUGGUCUGAUGAGAAGCUCUGGCAGCUUGUAGCCAUGGCGAAGAUAGAGAGGUUCUCGUAUGGGCAGCUGAUCUCAAAAGAUUUUGGAGAGUCACCCUUCAUCAUGUUUAUCAGCAAGGGCAGCUGUGAAGUCCUGCGGCUGUUGGACCUUGGGGCCUCCCCUUCCUACCAUAGAUGGAUCUGGCAGCACCUGGAGCUGAUAGAUGACAGGCCUCUGAAGACCCGCCUGAGUGAAUACUCUCCUAUGGAAAGAUUUAAGGAAUUCCAGAUCAAAUCAUAUCCUCUGCAAGACUUUAGCUCCUUGAAACUUCUGCAUCUCAAAAAAGCCUGUGGGCUACAGGGGACAAGCUUCAGCAGGAAGAUCAGAACCUCAGGAGACACUCUCCCCAAGAUGCUGGGCCCGAAGAUCCAAUCCAGGCCUGCUCAGUCGAUCAAAUGUGCCAUGAUCAAUACCAAGCUUGGUGAGCUCCCCAAGGAGGCUGCAGUGGGGGCCUACGUGAAGGUGCACACUGUGGAGCAGGGAGAAAUUUUGGGUCUUCACCAGGACUUCCUUCCAGAGGGUGAAUGCGACACACGACCCUUGAUCCUGAUGAGCCUGGGAAAUGAGUUGAUACGGAUAAGGAAGGAAAUAUUUUAUGAACUGAUUGACAAUGAUGACGAGAUGAUAAAAAAGUUGUUAAAGCUCGAUAUUGCAUUCCCCAGUGAUGAAGAUAUGUGCCAGAAGUUCCUCCAGCAGAACAGCUGGAAUAUCUUUCGGAAGGACCUGUUGCAGCUGCUCGUGGAGCCUUGCCAAAGUCAACUGUUCACUCCAAACCGGCCCAAGAAGAGAGAGAUCUACAACCCUAAGUCUGUGGUCCUGGAUUUGUGCAGCAUCAACAAGACGACUAAACCUCGUUAUCCUAUUUUUAUGGCUCCCCAGAAAUACCUCCCCCCAUUGAGGAUUGUCCAAGCCAUCAAAGCACCUCGGUACAAAAUCCGAGAACUCUUGGCUUAGUGUAAGAGCGCAGGGGUCCUUAUUUAGGACAAAUAAAGGAUGGUGGAUUGGC